AUGGGUCCAACAAAACUUCCCCAUCGAAGAGAUAAGACCAUUUGCGAUACGUUUCAAUCCCUUUCAUUUGGAGCGAAGGCUGUUUUGAUCGGAAUUUUGAUAACCUUUUUCAUUGGGAUCAUUCUCAUGACAACCGUCUUGAUUCUGGACCAUCGACUGGAAACAUGGGUGGACGAGCAUCCUCGGCCGGCCAAUUCCGUUUGUGAUCAAGCCGAACCCAUCACAAUACCCAGUGUGGUGAUUGACGAAAAAGAAGAAUUUGCGAGUUCUACUGCGCGUUGCUAUCCAACCCAUGUGGGUCGGUCCAUCUAUAUUUGGCACACCUUACUUGGAACGGGUGGUGAUAUUCGAGUAUCGUAUGAGAUAUCCGAGACUUUCACAAGUGAUUAUCCGGCAGCCUUGGGUGGAUCCAAAAAGACGGCCACACCCAAACGGAUAUGGGUCUAUUCGGGAGAAUGCGACGAGGAUGGUUCGGGAUUGACAGCCUUGGACAAUCGGGAGAAUAACGUCACCUUUUCAAGUACCAAGAAUGAAAAAUAUUAUUUAUUUAUUCUUGGAUAUGGUGAUGAAGAUACCUAUAGUACUCACGAGUUUUGUAUCAAUCUGGAAUAUCUGCAUUGA